AUGAGGUGGAUCACGCUCCUAGCCGCCCUGCUGCCUCUCGCAAAGGCCACCGUCUACCCAGAUGAGACGCUGGACUCACAGUGGGAACUCUGGAAGAAGACACACAGGAAGGAAUAUAACAGCAAGAUGGACGAAGUCUCCAGAAGACUCAUCUGGGAGAAGAACCUCAAAUACGUCAACACCCACAACCUAGAAUUCUCCCUGGGAAGACACACUUUCGAAGUGGCCAUGAAUCACCUGGGCGAUAUGACAAGUGAAGAGGUAGUGCAGAAGAUGACCGGCCUCAAAGUCCCUCCGUCUCGUAAGCCCAAUAAUGAGACGCUGUACAUCCCAGACUGGGAAAAGAGAGCACCGGACUCCAUGGAUUACAGAAAGAAAGGCUUUGUCACUCCUGUGAAGAAUCAGGGCCAAUGCGGGUCGUGCUGGGCGUUUAGCUCUGUGGGGGCCCUGGAAGGCCAGCUCAAGAAGAAGAUGGGCAAGUUGCUGAACCUCAGCCCCCAGAACCUGGUUGACUGCGUCACCGAUAACGAUGGCUGCGGGGGUGGCUACAUGACCAAUGCCUUUGAGUACGUGAAAGAGAACCGAGGCAUCGAUUCAGAUGAUUCCUAUCCCUACAUUGGCCAGGACGAAAGCUGUAUGUACAACCCAACCGGCAAGGCCGCCAAGUGCCGGGGCUUCCGGGAGAUCCCCGAAGGGAACGAGAAGGCCCUGAAGAGAGCCGUGGCCCGGAUCGGCCCCAUCUCAGUGGGCAUCGACGCCAGCCUGCAGUCCUUCCAGUUCUAUAGCCGAGGUGUGUAUUAUGAUGAGAACUGCAAUUCCAGCAACAUCAACCACGCUGUCCUGGCCGUGGGCUACGGCACCCAGAAAGGUACCAAACACUGGAUCAUCAAAAACAGCUGGGGAGAGGACUGGGGUGACAAAGGUUACGUCCUGAUGGCCAGGAACAUGAACAACGCCUGCGGGAUUGCCAACUUGGCCAGCUUCCCUAAGAUGUGACCCUCUGCCUCGCCA